UGCUGAUGCAGAGCGAGAACGAAAGCACAAAACAGUCCAACCCGCCAACAGAAGGAAAGGAAUAAACACGCUCGCACCAGGUAUGAAAACGUGGGCAAUUCCUGACGAGAGACCCUUUUAACAACGAAAACUCCCAGACGGUUGGCUGUCAGGAGAGAGAGGUUCAAGACUUUGCGCUGUUCGUUCAUACACCAAACAGCCUCUGUGGGCACGGGUUUGCUGAAACUGAGCGGGGACCCUGCGAUGAAAUGGACACGGUCCGAAGCGGACGCGGUGAGAUGUAAAGCUGGUAUAACACGACGACCCCAGCGGAGGGGUCUGAUAGAUAGGCUGCGGGAGCCGGAUCGACCCAUUGGUGAGAAGGUUCAGAUCCAACCCAGAGAGAAGGGAGGGGAACAGAACAGAAUAAAAACAAAGUGACUCGCAGAACCUUGCAGGCAGGAGAAAGUAAGCGAUGCAAUAAAAAGGGCAGACGUUGCACCGUCAACAAAAAGGUGUUGGAAGAGAGACAGCAAGGUGUAGAGCUGGAUGAACACAGCAGGCCAAGCAGCAUCACAGGAGCAGGAAAGCUGACGUUUCGGGUCGAGACCCUUCAAGAGAGAGAUGGCUUGGCUCUGCACACAUGGGCACAACGCAUCGCUGGACGAAUCGGGCGUCCGCCAGGACAACGCUAGCUCGCCGUGCAACGGGUCAUCGGCGGCGCCGCCGGUGGAGGUGGGCUUGGUGGUGAGGAACGAGCUGUUGGCUCGCUUGGAGGUGGCCGUUCUGUCCGUCAUCCUGGUGCUGGCGCUGGGCGGCAACCUGGGCGUACUGCUGGCGAUCCGCUCGAACCGCCGCAAGCCGUCUCGCAUGUUGUUCUUCGUGAAGCACCUGAGCAUCGCGGACCUGGUGGUGGCCGUCUUCCAGGUGCUGCCCCAGCUCAUCUGGGAGGUCACCUACCGCUUCUACGCGCCCGACUUUGUGUGCCGCGGGGUCAAGUACCUGCAGGUGGUCGGCAUGUUCGCCUCCACCUACCUGCUCAUCGUCAUGUCCAUCGACCGGUGCCUGACCAUCUGCCAACCCCUCAAAACCCUGCAGCAGCGCACCACCCGACCCUACGUGCUCUGCUCCUGGUUGAUCAGCCUCCUCUUCAGCACCCCCCAGGUCUUCAUCUUCUCCCUCAAGCAGGUAGGGCCCGGCGCCUACGACUGCUGGGGGGACUUCGCCCGGCCCUGGGGAGCCCGGGCGUACAUCACCUGGAUCACCCUGUCCGUCUACGUGCUGCCCGUCGUCGUGCUGCUCGUCUGCUACUCGCUCAUCAGCUUCAAGAUCUGGCGCAACGUCCGGCUGAAGACCCAGCGGGAAGCCCGCGCCUCCUCCUUCUCCGGGGGCACCCUCAUGCUCUCCAGGGUCAGCAGCGUCAAGAUCAUCUCCCGCGCCAAGAUCCGCACCGUCAAGAUGACCUUCGUCGUCGUCCUGGCCUACAUCGUCUGCUGGACGCCGUUCUUCGUCGUGCAGAUGUGGAAGGUGUGGGACGAGCACGCCCCCGAGGAGAAUUGGCCCUUCGUCAUCACCAUGCUGCUGGCAAGCCUUAACAGCUGCUGUAACCCCUGGAUCUACAUGUUCUUCACUGGCCGGCUAUUCCACGACCUGGUCCAGCAACUGCUGUGUUGCUGCUCUCUGAAGUUCAACAAACCUGAGCAGCCCAGCGAGCUGACCUGCAGCAAGAAAAGCAAUUCCUCCACCCUCGCUAUCAGCCUCAAGAGCUCAGGCAGCCAGAAGAGCCUUUCAUUUCAUCAGCAGCAUGAUCAGUAA